AUGGCAUCGACCCUCGAGGCAUGCUUUAACAACUCUGAAGAAUCUGCCUUGAAAAUCUUGCAUGAGAAGGAGAAAGAAGUAAAGGCUGCCGAAUCAGACGUCCAGGAACAACAGACUCGUCUCGAUGCGCAGCGGGCCAUUGAGUUCUAUGACGAAUUGGAAUCGGACAAGUUUGCUAAAGCCGCACCUGCCAUCAUGAAGUCGUUCCAGGCUCAUGGUGACGCCUGUGCUAAGGCAGAGAGAGAGGCUCUUGAAUUGGCCAUGAAGGGUACGACUCCUGACCCCGAAGACGAGGCACCCCUGCAGCCCUACUACGACAUGCUUGAGAAUCUAGAGCAACUCCAUUCCGAUGCUCUAAACCUCGAGUCGUCGAUCCUCGAACUAGCAUCCGAGUUCAAAGAAGAGGGCGCAGCUGAUGACGGAAAGGAGGAGAGCGAGGGUAGUGACCUCCCCUGGGCUCGGUCAAGGCUUCUAGGAGCUAUCAACGCGUGUCUACCCGUUAUCCGUGCUCGGAUUUCCAACCUUUCAAUGGCGCAAGAGCUUAUUGAUAGUGCACAGGAGAAUGUUAGUAUCAGUCUUCGCAUGGAGAGCCUUGGACUUGAGUAG